AUGGCACCAAAGAAAGUAGAACCCAAGAAGGAGGCGAAUAAGGCAGUUGCUCCUGAACCGGAGAAGCCCAAGGAGCCUGCCUUUGACCCAAAGGGCAUUGCAAUUGAGUUCACUGCAGAUCAGAUUGAAGAGUUUAAAGAGGCCUUCAUGCUGUUUGAUAGAACACCUAAUGGAGAAAUGAAGAUCUCUUAUGCUCAGUGUGGAGAUGUGAUGAGAGCUUUGGGCCAAAACCCUACCAACGCUGAGGUCAUGAGGGUGCUGGGUAAACCCAAACCUGAAGAACUCAACACCAAGCUCAUGGACUUUGAGACCUUCCUACCCAUGUUUCAGCACGUGUCCAAGUUAAAGGACCGCGGCACGUUCGAGGACUUUGUUGAGGGGUUGCGGGUCUUUGACAAAGAAGGAAAUGGCACCAUAAUGGGAGCAGAGCUUCGCCACGUUCUACAGACUUUAGGGGAGAAAAUGACAGAACAGGAGGUUGAACAAGUGUUGGCAGGACAAGAGGACGCUAACGGCUGCAUCAACUAUGAAGCUUUUGUUAAAUAUAUCAUGUCUGGAUAAAUUUAAUAUCCAAGG